CGCGGGCGGGUCCCCGUGGGCGGAGGGCUGGGGAGGGUUCUGGAGAGAGGCGCACGAGUUUCCCCAUCACUCUCGCAGCCUCGGGCAGGGUCCAGACGAGCGCCCGAGGGGAGGGAGCGCGAGCCGUCGGCCCGCCCCGCUGCGUCCCACCCACCGCGUCCCUUCCCCUCCCGUCCCCUCCCCUCCCGCGGCAGGAAAAGCCGCGGAGGGCGCCAGGCGCGCUGUGCAGGGCGGCGGACAGGAUGCGGGCGCAGCGGCCGGGGCGGCUCUGGGCGGCCGCGCUGGCGCUGGGGGCGCUGGCGGGCGUUGUCGUCGGAGACUCCAACAUCUGUACCACCCGAGGCGUGAACUCCUGCAAGCAGUGCCUGGCUGUGAGUCCUGUGUGUGCCUGGUGCUCGGAUGAGGCUCUGCCUCAGGGCUCAGCCCGCUGUAACCUGAAGGAGAAUCUACUGAAGGAUCACUGUGCUCCAGAGUCCAUUGAGUUCCCAGUCAGUGAGGCCCAGAUCCUGGAGGCUCGGCCACUCAGCAGCAAGGGCUCUGGAGACAGCACCAGGAUCACUCAAGUCAGUCCCCAGAGGAUUGCCCUUCGACUACGGCCAGAUGAUUCGAAGAUCUUUUCGCUUCAAGUAAGGCAGGUGGAGGAUUAUCCUGUAGACAUCUAUUACUUGAUGGACCUGUCCUUCUCCAUGAUGGACGAUCUGUCGAAAAUCCAGACCCUGGGGACCAAGUUGGCUUCUCAGAUGCACAAGCUUACGAGCAACCUUCGGAUUGGCUUUGGGGCCUUUGUGGACAAACCCGUGUCACCGUUCAUGUACAUCUCCCCACCAGAGGCACUCGAAAACCCCUGUCACAGUAUAAAGAAUGAAUGCUUGCCCAUGUUUGGCUACAAACACGUGCUGACGCUCACCGACCAGGUGACCCGCUUCAACGAGGAAGUGAGGAAACAGAACGUGUCCCGAAACCGAGAUGCCCCAGAGGGCGGCUUUGAUGCCAUCCUGCAGGCGACAGUCUGUGAUGAAAAAAUUGGCUGGAGGAACGAUGCAUCCCAUUUGCUGGUGUUUACCACUGAUGCCAAGACCCAUAUCGCUCUGGAUGGGAGGCUGGCAGGCAUUGUCCUGCCCAAUGAUGGGCAAUGUCACAUUGGCAGUGACAACCACUACUCAGCUUCCACGACCAUGGAUUACCCAUCUCUAGGGCUGAUGACUGAGAAACUAUCCCAGAAAAACAUUAACUUGAUCUUUGCGGUGACGAAAAAUGUUGUCAGCCUUUAUCAGAAUUACAGUGAGCUCAUCCCCGGGACCACAGUGGGAGUCCUGUCUGCUGACUCAAGCAAUGUCCUCCAGCUCAUCGUUGAUGCUUAUGGGAAAAUCCGCUCUAAAGUGGAGCUGGAAGUGCGCGACCUCCCCGAAGAGCUGUCGCUUUCCUUCAAUGCCACCUGCCUCAACAAUGAAGUCAUCCCAGGCCUCAAGUCUUGUAUGGGACUCAAGAUUGGAGACACGGUGAGCUUCAGCAUCGAGGCGAAGGUUCGAGGCUGCCCCCAGGAGAAGGAGCAGUCUUUCACCAUCAAGCCCGUGGGCUUUAAGGACAGCCUGACCGUCCAGGUCACCUUCGACUGUGACUGUGCCUGCCAGGCCUAUGCCCAGACCUUCAGCCCUCGCUGCAACAAUGGCAACGGGACCUUCGAGUGCGGGGUGUGCCGCUGUGACCAGGGCUGGCUGGGAUCCAUGUGUGAGUGCUCUGAGGAGGAUUACCGACCCUCCCAGCAGGAAGAGUGCAGCCCCAAGGAGGGACAACCCAUCUGCAGCCAGCGGGGCGAGUGCCUCUGUGGCCAGUGCAUCUGUCACAGCAGUGACUUCGGCAAGAUCAGCGGCAAGUACUGUGAGUGCGAUGACUUCUCCUGCGUGCGCUACAAAGGGGAGAUGUGCUCUGGCCACGGCCAGUGCAACUGCGGAGACUGCGUGUGCGACUCGGACUGGACUGGCUACUACUGCAACUGCACAACACGCACGGACACCUGCAUGUCCAGUAACGGGCUGCUGUGCAGUGGCCGGGGCCACUGUGAGUGCGGCAGCUGUGUCUGCGUGCAGCCGGGCUCCUACGGAGACACCUGCGAGAAAUGUCCCACCUGCCCCGACGCCUGCUCAUUUAAGAAGGAGUGUGUGGAGUGUAAGAAGUUCAACCGGGGAACCCUGCAUGAAGAAAACACCUGCAACCGUUACUGCCGAGAUGACAUCGAGCCCGUGAAAGAGCUGACGGAUACUGGCAAAAAUGCAGUGAAUUGUACCUACAAGAACGAGGAUGACUGUGUGGUCAGAUUCCAGUACUCUGAAGACACCAGUGGAAGGGCCAUCCUGUAUGUGGUGGAGGAGCCGGAGUGUCCCAAGGGCCCCGACAUCCUGGUGGUGCUCAUGUCGGUGAUGGGAGCCGUUCUACUCAUCGGCCUCGCUACUCUGCUCAUUUGGAAGCUACUCAUCACCAUCCACGACCGGAAGGAGUUUGCUAAAUUUGAGGAAGAACGAGCCAGAGCGAAAUGGGACACAGCAAACAACCCGCUGUUUAAAGAAGCCACCUCCACCUUCACCAAUAUCACCUACCGGGGCACUUAACGGGAAGAGGCCAUCCCUAGGCCAUCGUCCGUUAGGCCAGGAUUGUGGGAGUCUCUGCCAUCAUGUUUACAGAGGAUAGUAUUUGUGGGCGGGGUUUGGGGCUGGGAUUGGGAUUGGGAAGAGUGUCUGUAUGUGGGAGUGUAUCUGUAUGUGUGUACAUAUGUACGUGUUGAGUGUGGGGGAAUGUGUAAUUUAAGACUUGGGAUGUGUCCCCAUAGGCAGAGCUCCACAGCUUUUGUCCUCAGCACCCUUCCUGAAGGGAUUCUUCCUGCUUAGCUUGAGGGGAACUCGUGAUUCCUCUGAGAGGCCUUGUCAGGCCAUUCUCCCCGAAGAGAAGAGCAGGGAUGAGGUCCCCCAUUCCAGAGGAAGAGAUGCCAACAAGUCUUGGCUCUAGGCCGAGGUUGUGAGUUUCUGGUUCCUGGACCUGACUGUCAACAGCUAUGGUAGGAAAUGCUUGGCUCUGUGCCACAGCCUCCUCUGCCUACCUCCCCUCCCUCAGGCUGAAGGGAGAGUGAGGGGAGUCCUCAAGGGUUGCCUGUGUCUUUUGCCAUCGCCUCAGUCCUGUACUGGUUCUCUCAUAAGGAAAGUCCUUGCCACCUGGCUCUUUGGCCCAUUGAGUGUGAGGAUGGCAGGGCCACUCAGGGGUCAUGCAUGGCCUGGGGGAUGUGCCAGCACCUCCAAGUUCAUAAUCACAGCCAUUUCACAUCUGCCUCACGGGUUGCUCUUCCCCAGAGAUUUGUGUAGAAGUGUCUUCGCUCCGUCAACACCAUCUCUUACCUCUGAUUGUUACAGACUUUUGCCACACACCGAGGAUGUCUCUCAUGGCCAGAGGCUUUCCCCUCAGGGGCGAGUGCUGUGGUCAGAACUGGCGGGCUAGCCCCACUUCUCCAGGCCUUCUGCUCCUCUUUCCAAGCACCUCCACACACCUCAUCCAGUGCCUGUGCUAUACCCAUCCAUGGGAGAGACUGUGUCUAUCUACCUCUCGGGUGUCUCGUGAAGGAGUCCUCCCCCUGAGUCUGCUGAGCAAAGUGCCAGGGAGGAACGAAUGGCCAGUCAGACCUGCGUGUGUGGCCUGUUCUCUCGUGGGCUGGACAACCUCAUUUUAUCUCAGCCUUUAAUCUGGGAGGCCGCAAGUGCAAUUUUGUUUUAUUCUCUAUGGGGCCACCCAAAACUAUGAUGAGGUUCACUCACUCUAAAGGAGCCUGUAUAUAAACAUACUUGCAUUAGUAGAUUUGUAAUUUUAUAUGAUGACAAGGAGAGCAUAAAAAACAAACCCCACAUACAGUGUGGCCUGUAGGCUCUCCGUGUCAUUCUUAGUAACUCAGCCACUCAGUCACUGGGUCUGUAAGGGACUCCCUCUUCCUGGAAGCAUGUACGGAUGAGUAUGUGGACACAUUGAACCUGUCUCGAGGAGGACAGACUGACUGUUCUUUUGUCCCAGCUAGAUUGGUUUGACUCAGCUCUACCAUUAAAAACCAAAAUGGUCAUUCUUGGGUGUGAUGGCUCACACCUUUAAUCCCAGCACUUAGGAGGCAGUCCAGGACAGCUGAGGCUACACAGAGAAGCCCUGUCUUGAAAAACCAACCAAACACACACACACAGACACACACACACACACACCUAAUGCCCACCACCCAAAGAACAGAGACCUGUAGACAGUAAUCUUGAUGAUCAGAAAAUCUGAGUCCUAGCCUCAAGGUUGCUGCUAAAAUAUUUUAAUGUUAAUUUGGGAAAGCCACUUUCUCUUCUCUGGAGUUCAGUUUUCUAGUUUGAAAAAUGAUGAAUUUGGUCCAGCUUACUUGGAACGUCUAUUUCAAGUGUCAGUAUUCUUUCAAUUAUUAUUAGUAUUAUUUGUAAGACUCAUCCUAGGAUGGCCUUGAACUUUUGAUGUAGCCAAUCGAAAUCCUCUUUGCCUCCACCUCUCAGGUGCUAGAAUCACAGGUAUGUGCUAGCAUGCCUGGUUUAUGCAGUGCUGGGAAUAGAACUCAGGACUUCAGGCAUGCUAGGCAAGAACACAACCAACUGAUUUAUAUGCCCAACAGUAGUGUCACCAUUCUAAGAUGCUGAGAUUAAAUAUGGCCUCAAGCAUGCAGUCACGAUUCUGUGUGCAUAGGAGGGGACUGGAAUGCUGCUCAGUGGUAAUCGCUACGGGAUGCCCUGGGUUUGAUUCCCAGCACUGAAAUCGUGUGUAUGUGUGCAUGUGCGUGUGUGUGUAGGGGAGGUGCUGUUGCUAGUGUUUGUGUUUCAGCUUUGAGUUCUGAAUGCCAUACAAGAGCAGAUGUCAAUCUCACAACCUGUCUCAGUGAGUCUCAUUCUUUCUCAGAACCCCUUCGUCUCCCGUUAAUGGGCGCGCCUAGUGUAGCAUUUAGUUAUCUAAUUUGUUGUUUCUUGUUCACUCUGUGUACAUUUGCAUCUUUUUCUUUUCAUUCUCCAAAUAUAUUCUAGACUCAAGGUUCAAUAUUCCCCCACCCCUUGGCCCAAUUUUUGUUUUCUUUUUUUAUUAAUUUAUUUAUUUUUAUUAAUUACAAUUUAUUCACUUUGUAUCUCAGCUGUAACCCCCUCCCUCGUCACCUCCUAUCCCCACCCCUUCUUUUUCUCUCCCCAUGCCCCUCUCUAAGUCCACUGAUAGGAGAGGUCCUCCUCGCCUUCUAUAUGACCCUAGCCUAUCAGGUAUCAUCAGGAGUGGCUGCAUUGUCUUCCUCUAUGGCCUGGGAAGGCUGUUCCCCCCUCAGGGAGAGGUAAUCAAAGAGCCAGCCACUGAGUUCAUGUCAGAGACAGCCCCUGUUCCUGUUACUAUGGAACCACUUGGACACUGAGCUGCCAUGGGCUACAUCUGUGCAGGGGUUCUAGGUUAUCUCCAUGAAUUGUCCUUGGUUGGAUUAUCAGUCUCAGAAAAGACUCCUGUGUGCAUAGAAUUUUUUUUUUUUUUUUUUUGGUUUUGCUGCUCUCCUUGUGGAGAUCCUGUCCUUUCCAGGUCUUACUAUCUCCCCCUUCUUCCAUAAGAUUCCCUGUACUCUGUCCAAAGUUUGACUAUGAGUCUGAGCAUCUGCUUCGAUACCCUGCUGGUAGAGUCUUUCACAGGCCCUCUGUGGUAGGCUCCUGUCCUGUUUCCUGUUUUCUCCCUCUUCUGAUGUCCAUCCCAUUUGCCUUUCUGAAUGCAGAUUGAGCAUCUUACCCAGAAUCCUCCUUCUUGCUUAGCUUCUUUAGGUGUACAGAUUUUAGUACGUUUAUCCUAUAUUAUAUGUCUAAUAUCCACUUAUAAGUGAGUAUAUGCCACAUGUCUUCUUAUUAGGGAAGGUUGUCAGUAAGGAGUGGCUGAUCCAGGCAUUAGUGUUCAGAGCAAGCCUUGAGAACAGGGAUAGGCCAAUGACUGUCCUGCCUUGGCCUCCUUGGGAUACUCUUGGGUUAGGGGGCAAGAAUAUAGUAGAGGGAUCAGUGAGGGACCAGGAAGAAUGGCCACAGAUCCAAGAAGUUUUGAUAUUAACCACAACCCUUAGCCACCAAGACAGAGUCCAUGGGUGUUUCUUUAGAGAAGAUAGUGUAGAUGAGGAAACCAUAGGGAGAGGGAAAAAAUAUAUUAAAAGAAUAAAAAGAUGGGUAGGAAUCCUGUCUGUUUCUGGAAGGAGGCUUGUGGUCUUUGAGCAGCGAUGCUGGUCAGUACAUGGGCACAUCUGUAGCUGUGUUCACCAGAGGACAGUCUGUUCAGUAUCGUCAGGGUGAACAUCCAAGAUUGUUCUGGCAUUGAGCAACGCAGCACAGAGGGAUUGUGUCCCAUUCUCUCACAGGUAAUUCCUGUCCAGACUCAGUGUCUGAGGACAGUAGGAGGAAAUGGGACACACCUGACAAAUUGCUCCAUUUGGAGUCAGUUGUUUAGCUCUCGGAUAUUCUGCAGCUGCCCACAACAUCAAGACAUUUCUCUGUUAAUUUCUGGUUGAAAUUACAUAAGCGUCUUCCUGACUCCCUCACCACCUCCUCUGAGCUGUGUAACUGGGAAUUAAACAUGCUUUCCAAAACAA